AUGUCUUACUGCGGGGAGCUGUGCUUGCCCUACAGCAACCAGUGUGAGGUGUCCUGCCCCCAGCCCUUUGCCAACGCCUGCAACGAGCCAUGUGUGACAUCCUGCGAUGACUCCAGAGCUGUCAUCUACCCACCACCCGUUGUCCUGACAUUCCCAGGACCUGUUCUCAGCUCUUGCCCCCAGGAGAGCAUUGUGGGCAGCUGUGGACCACUCGGUGUUGGCCGCUCAUUUGGUUCUGGGGGCUGUCUUGGUUAUGGAGGCUAUGGAAAUGGUGUUGGCUUGAGGGGCUCCAUCCUUUUUGGAGGCUCAAAUGGUUAUGGGUGUGGGUUCAAUUACAGUAGGUCUUAUAAUUUGGGAUACUCCUCCCUGGGAAGGGGAAGUUGUAGCCCAUACUCCUACCGCCGCUACAGGACCUACAGCCGAGGAAGCUGUGGGCCAUGCUAA